AUGCUCACAAACCUAUCCAACAAACUCGCAUCGGCAUUUGGAGCCUCUAAGCCACCUCGAAGGCCCUCAAAACUCGUCGAGUGGCCUGACGACGUGACAGUGCCUGGCGUUCCGCUCUUCACCACCUACCUCACCGACGCUGACCUCGACGCCCUUCAGGAGUCCGCGGGUCUGGGGCCCCCGAGCUGGUGGCUGGACCCUGUGAUGGCCGAGACGCACCCCCAGCCCAGCUCUCCGACCUACGAAGAGGAGGUCGCGCUCACGGCGUGGUUGCGCGAGCCUUUCGAGCAAGCCGGUCCCAUCAGGGAGGCCUCGCGUGGCCUCCUCGAUCGUCUGAACGACCUCGAGCGUCUCCAGGCUCUGGCGUUGGAGGAGAACGAACGCAAGCUCCUGGGCAAGGCGAGGCGCGUGCGCCACCACUCUACACUUCUUCUCACCACUUCAACCGAAGACCUGAGCCAGCCUGAGCCAAGGCAUCAGCAACAGAAGGUGGAAGUGAAGUCCCCCGUUCGGAGGGACACGUACGCGGUGCACAAGCAGGCGCCGGUGACCUCCAGUCCGAAUGCCGGACAGCGCAAUUUGGCCAACCCCCGGUUCUGCAAGAGUCCCGAGCGCAGAGACAUCAACCGAUCCGAGACGCAACUUCAUCGCACUUAUUCGAAGCACUCACUGGACAGACUUCAAGUCGGCGAUGCACUGCAAAGAAACAACAACUAUCCCGCCUCCCUGCUCAGCGAAAACUCCACAAACGCGUUGGGCCGUACUUACGACGCGGAGAACAUGAGCGAUGUGUUUCCAAGCCCUCGGGCGUCGAUUGAGGCAAGUGGCCCGUCGCGCAACCCGCCUCCUCCACCCACGCCCUCCACCGAACUCCCUCGUGCCAUGCCCUCGCGCUUACACACCUACAACAGCACUCCGAAACCCAACAGUCUGCUCAACAACUCCCGGGGCUCUUCAGCCGUGGCACUGGCCUUGCAGCAGGAGGUGAACCUGCGUGCCUCGGUUUCCAAGCUCAGCGGCGGUUACGCCUCGCCGCUGCGGGGCUCCGGCGCCUCUGGUGAGGGGCCUCGACUGGUGCGGGGGGACACCCUGGUGCCACGCUCCUCAGACUCCCCUGUUCGCAGUGGACACCAGGCUGGCGCGGCUUCUCUCAGGGACUCGCUGCCGACCCGUCUCUCCACGGAGGCCCCGCCUCAGCACAAGUUCUCCGCACCAGCGAUGCCCGGCGCAGUCCUCAACCCCUCCCUAACUUCACUCCACAAGAGCGGUUCGGGAUCCAACAUCAUCCCGACGAACAUGAACGAGACCAUAGCACUUGCACGCCUCCAGGAGCUGGAGCUGAGGGCGUCGAGCGGUCGCUCUGGAGACGUCAACUCGUCGAUAUCCAGUUCUGUGGACGAAGUUGGAGGUCGGGAGGAGGAUCUGGGUCGAUUGAAUAAGUCCCUGCCUGUGUUAGAGAGUGACGGCAACUGCGCUCGCAUGUUCGCCCAGCGCGAGGUCAAAGACAUUCCAACGCGGUAUGAUCCUGAGCGGAAACGAUCCGUUGGCAGCGGCAUAGUUACGUCCAACUCCACUGGUGAACUCUCGCGCAACAAGUCGGGUUCUCAGUCGAGCUUGAAGGAUAUGGCGUCGGUAGUGGAGCUGGUGCGCAGCCAGGCGGAGUCCUUGCGCGCGUCCGGGGAGCAGGUGAUGCAGAAGUCACGAUCGAAGAGCUCCCUCACUCGGUCCGUGGAAUCCUUGAAGACGUUCUCACAGCCGGGGUCUGGGUCGGUCAGUAGAGAUGCCUCACCGCAGCCACCGCCUAUACCCUCAAAAGGAGAGCCAGUUCAGCACCAGGACAACGCCGACGCCGGUGCCCUGCGUGACUCAGGUGCCACGUACAAUUUGGCUCAAUCUGCGGAUCCCGCUCGCGCCUCCAUUAGCAGCCUUCAGUCGUCGAAUGUCACACCUCCGCGCCAGUCAGCGUCUCCAGUCACUAUGCGUCGAUCUGCUCGAAGCAACAUUCCACCACCGCUCGUUUUGCCCACCCACACCGACGAAAUUUCACCCGGGUCGAAAGGUGGCACACCAAACACCGCGAAUACC